AUGACUUUUUCAAUAAUGCGAAGGCGUGUGGAGAAGCGGGCGAUGGAAAGGCAGCUCAAGAUUGACGAUAUGGUGGUGUUUGAUGAGGACCUGCCCCACAAACUGGACGAGUGUCGGCUCACUUUUGUCGACUUUGCGCCCAUACUUAAGACAAAGUAUCAUGGUGAAGGCAUCCAAAGUGUCCAGUACUCGGAGUUAAUGGAUUUUGCCAACAAAUGGCUGCUAAGACAAGAGCGUUGGGAUGUGCUGAGCGCCGAAACCUUGUCGGCCAUCAUCGAGAUCGUGAUCGACCAGAGAGGAGAAGUGGUGGGCAAACACAUACUCAGCACAUUCACCAUCACCGAAGACAACCCAGAAUACCAGGAUGGCGUGGCUUUGCACCAUUUCACCCAGAGCAAAGCACCCAUACACUUCCGGGUCAAAAUGUUACGCCUAUGGCUAUUGCCGUUUGAUCCCAACGAGUACAACGAAAAGAUCCGGCCAAUAGUGCCCCAAAUCCAGUUCCGGGAUUUCGAGCCCCGUUCCCUGACCGACAUUCCCGGCGAGUUUGAGUCGUGCGACGACGUGAUGGCCAGACUCAACGACGCGGUCAACGCCGAAGAGAUCACCGGCAAAGUGUUGAACGUCCAGACACUGGCCUGCGGUGCCAGCCAUGAGUGGCGGGUCGACGCCCAGAGCACACAAGCCAAGCCAUGGGUGGGCAAAACGGUAUACGUGUUGCGCGUGUUUUACGCCCUUGGUCCUAUACACGAAGAGUUGGUCGGUUUGGCCGACUUUGUGCCCGAGUGUCUGGUGGGUGGGGGUGUUUUCAAGAAACCCAAGUUUGAGUCCCAGUCCUCUCUGGUACGAAAGGCCAGCAAAUGGCUGUCCGAUAAUCCAGAGGUCAACUUUUGUAGCGCCUCAUCCAUGGAUGUCAAACUCAAGUCAAUGGUUUCGAUUGAUACAAAACAGAUGUCCAUCACUCGUGACACCGGGGACUUUGUCCGUAUUCUACGGCUUGUAUACACUAAACCCCGUGAACUGCCAUCAGAUAUACCCAUCUCAUCAACGCUACCGCCACCUCCGCCCGUGUAUGUCGAGCACAGGGUAUUUGUCGUACACAAGGGCUACGGAGAGGUCAAGCGAGUGAUCAGUGAGUUCUUGGCACGGGAUGAAUGGCGGGCCACCGAUCAGUACAAGUGGUUACUGUUAAACGUGGAGACUGUGGCCGUGUAUGCGUCCAACGGCUUGCGUCAGUCC